CUCUCUUGACUCUGGUGUUGGAGACCAGUCCAGCUCGCCUGCAUUCCUCCUCUCUCCGAAGCCUGACCGAUAGAGACAGAGAAAGAAAGGAGGGAGGGAGGGAGGGGGAAGAGAAAACACGAAUUAUAAUUCACAACCGUGUUGGAUUUUUAUGAACCACGGAGUCGACUCGUUACCGGACGCGCCGACCAGAUGAGGCGACGACAAAAAAAAUAGAAAUAACCGUUAAGACAACACUGCUGCUACUGCUACUGCUGCUUCGGACCUACAACACCGAUUAAUUAAAAAGGCGUUUUUCCUCUAUAAUGACGGGACUUAGCGUUGAUGUGCCUGUGUAGGUCAUCUAUUGAAAGGCAGCUUUGGUGAAACAACCUACAGCCUUUCCACGGCGGAUAUCUCCUUUUUCUUUUUUUAAAAUGAGGAUUUACAAGAUGGCUGAUGACAGCUAGCCCCAACAAGGACAGAAAAGCGACGUCCCCUUUAAGACUAGCAGGGUAUAUUUUUGUAUUUUUAUGAGUUAAAUAUAUAAAUAUGGCCGCUUUAAUACAUAAUGAGCAUAGCCUGUAUUAGCAACGACCGUCCUUGUCGGGAAACGGUGCCUAUGUAGUGUUUAUCUGUACCUGUGCUAUGGUAGAAAAUGGUGAGGUGACGUCUGAGGUAAUUUACACGAUUUAACCGAGAUAAGGAAGUAGAUAAAUAUGUUGUUGGCUAAAGGCUGAGCUGAAUAAGGUGGAGACCAAAGUGAAGAAGAAAAGAGGCCAUAGCUGAGUAAAAAUACUGAAGAUAUUUGAUAGAUGUGUCGGAGGGGGGGGACCAAAAGGCUCUGCAACAGCAGCCAACAUUCCUGCGGAUCCUAAAACCCUUUGUUUUGUGCGCAGGAGCUGGACUCGACUAUUAAAACGAUUAACUAUGCAGUAAACAGCCAGGAAAUGAUGCCCCCGGUAUGAUUUUCCUGUUAUAAUGAGAUUAUAAGGCCUUUGUUGUCGACAGAAAACUGGUAGAAAAGAAAACUCGAGGCCUUGUCUAUGUGUGUGUGUGUGUGUACAGAUAUGCGAAGCUGUGGCCACAUAGCAGGCGUUAUAUUCAUCAAAUAGAAAUGUCGCUCUUUGUGUCAGAUUAAAGAAAAAAGGCUGGAGGCGGCCCAUGUUGUUGGUCUGACCCGUGAGGAGGUUAUUUCUUGUCUUGUAUGUAUAAUUAAAUCGUUGGUGGAGGCUCCUCGGAUACUUAUUUAUGAUUCAGCGGACAAAAGCACUGCGCUGCGUUGUGAUUAUUCAGAGAAAUCAGGCGUCCUUGAGGUCCUGAUCAAACAGAUUCAGGUUUUUAAACAACAAAAAAAUAAUCUCCGUGCGUGUGUGUGUAUGUGUGGAUAGUAAUCAGGGUGUGGACUCCAGCAGUCCUUUCUCAUGCUUUUCAUGCUUCGUUUGUUGGUCUGAAUUGGUCCACAGUCAGUCAUAAUCCGAAGCUCCUCAAGGUAAGGGCCUGAGCAGGCAGCAGAGAUCAAGUGUCUUUUCAUGUAGAUUGAUUCACCUCACGAGCAUAUAAGUAAUUAUGUAGAUAUUUAGUUCUCUGUGCCUUGUUUGCAUAUCAUGGUUUACCUGUAGCUGACAGGCGUUUAGCUUCCUGUAGGCCUAUAAACACACACAGGCUGUAAAGGCAGGCCCAGUGUGUGUGUGAUUUAGAGGAAAUUAAAGCACCGUUUACUGUAAUCUGUGUAACGUCAGCUCCUGCUGUGUGUGCUGAAAUCAGCAAGGUGUUGUCAUCAUCGCCUCAAGCCUUUCUCUGGACAAAAUUUUCUGGAAUUUGCCUUCAUGCUGCAGCAAUAAGCAAUACUUGUCAUCUGUCAGGGAGACUGGUCUAAUUUGGUCACAAGGGUUGAAGUAUAGAGUCCGGUCUUUCAGGACGGCAUCGGGGUCUGUUUUUACCUUUUUCUGAAGACUGGCUUUGAGAGUGUCAGGUUUCCUGUGAGACCUAGAGGUGUGGAAGAAGUGGGAAACAGUUAGUGUAUGCCUGCCUGCACCAUGAUGGCCUCUGACAUGGCUGAGACGUGGAGGAACUGUUUUGAGGAGGAGCUCAUCUGCCCCAUCUGCCUGCACGUGUUCUCAGAUCCCAUCCAGCUGCCCUGCAAGCACAACUUCUGCCGGGGCUGCAUCAGCGAGGCCUGGGCCAAAGACUCCUCGCUGGCCCGCUGCCCUGAGUGCAAUCAUGCUUACACGCAGAAGCCCAGCCUGGAGAAGAACCACAAACUGUCCAACAUAGUUGAGAAGUACAACGCCCUGAGCGUGGAGAAGGCCACCACGCCGGCGCUGCAGUGCAUCCUGUGCCGCCGAGGCCCCCCGCUCCCUGCGGUGAAAGUCUGCCUGCGCUGCAACGCCCCGUGCUGCCAGUCCCACGUCCAGACACACCUGCAGCAGCCGUGCUCAGCCCUGGGGCACCUGUUGGUGGAGGCAGAGGCGGUGAAGGCCUGGACCUGCCCGCAGCACGAUGAGUACAGGCUGUACCACUGCGAGGCAGAGCAGACGGCGGUGUGUCAGUACUGCUGUUUUGCCCGCUGCCACCCCAGCCACGGCCACGCCGUCACUGAUGUGGAGCUGAGACGCAACGACAUCAGACAAAGCCUGUUAAGACAGCAGGAGCGCGUGGAGGAGCGAGUGCAGGAGAUUGAGGAGCAGCUCUGCAAACUCGACUCUGACAAGUGUGUGGUGGAGGACAGGGUGUGUGAGCUGAAGGAGGAGGUGCGCCUGCAGUACCAGCGGAUGCACCAGCUCCUGGAGGAGGACCUUGGUCGGACACUGGAGGCUCUGGACCGGGCACAGUCUCGGUUCUGCCAGGAGAACGCUGCCCAGGUUUUGGCCCUGGGAGAACAGCGCCACGAGGCUCAGAAGCUGCUGAGCUCCAUCCACACAGCCUUCAGUAAGGCAGAGGAACUGAGCUUCAUGAAAAACACCAAACCUGUUAAAAUCCUCACAGACAGGUCUCAGGCAUGUGUGGGCAGCAGUCUCCCUCCUUACAAAGUCGGGAAUCUAAACUCUAAACUAUUCCUGUCUGAAAUCUCAAAAAGAGAGAAGAGCUUGAAGAGAACGCUGGAAGCUCCCCUCACCCCUCCCUCGACCUUUCUGCAGUCUGUUCCUGCGUAUCCCAGCGGUCAGAGCUCCGGCUCUGGAGCAGAGAAAAGGAAACAUUCCACUGCCUUCCCAGAGGGUAAUGGGAGCGUCGGAAAAACCACCGCCCCAGGUUUCAAGGACUCCUCCUCCUCUUCCUCAUCUUCUUCCUCUUCGUUAGCCAAGCAGCCCUACCUGGGCUCCGGCUCAGCGUCUGGAGAAGGCCAGUCUACCAAUCAGCAGCCGCUCGGCCCCUGCGGCCCGCCUCACAUCAGCGAGAGCGGCGGGACAGGAAGCGGAAGCGGCUCACUGACUAACCACCAUUCAGGCUCCGUGUUCGGCUCCUCACACUUCGCCCCCGGAGGCAGCGGGUCCUCGCACUCCUCCCAGCAGGCCGUGCUGCCUCAGUAUGGCGGCCGUAAGAUCCUGGUCUGUACGAUGGAUAACUGCUACUGCUCCGGAGUGCCCUCGGUGUCAGGCCACCGCAGCCAUCCUCCGUACCCGCGCUCGGGCUCCUUCCCCUGGGUCAGCGCCCAAGACUACCCCCCUCCCCCUGGCCUGGCCUCUGGAGGUCCGUCCAUGCAGGGCUUGGCAGUGAGGGACUGGAUAGACGCCUCACAGACACACAGACAUGCAGAUUUCUACGGGCUGUAUGGGCAGCCCUCUACAAAGCACUACGUCACCAGCUAACAGAGUAGACACAUACACAUAAACACAUACACACACACAGAUAUAGAAACAGGCACCAAAAUAGCACACCUUUACCGUCUUAUUAACUGGAAAAAAAACAAAAUGCAGUUAUACUAUACACACAUUAAAAGAAAUGUUUAUAUCCACACACAGACCUAGAGCAUGUACACACAUUCGGGGGCAGGGUUGAUCUCUUUGUGUUUUUAUUUUCUUCCUUUCUUUAUUUUCCAUCAGUGUUUCAUGUAGUGUGUUAUGCAUAAACGUAAAAUGCAUAAACAGCCAACAACCGCUAACUCUGGCACAACUCGGCCUAAGAAGAGAGGAUGAGCUGCGUCUUUUUUUUUAAAUUAUUUAUAGAGCAGAAGGUGGAUUGAUAGAAAAUGAACUUUUUAAUAGAGAAUCUUCUCAUGCCUUCAUGGCUUCUCACUGAGGCUAAAGGGAAAACAGAUAAUACUGUGCAGUGUUGAGCUUUUCCAGUUUAGCGCCUCAUGUUUCUUUGAUAUAACCACCCCUCCAGUUGUACUGAGGUCAGUUGCCUUAUGUUAUUAGUGUCAUGUUUUUUCUCUGCCCACCUGACUUUGUUUGAUAGAUCCUUUUAAAGAGGGACCAUGGUCCCUUCGUGUCUUUUGAUUUUUGUCAUCAUGGCAUUUCUUCCUUUCUUUGCUGAGUUCAGGGAUGGAUCGUACGGCUUGAACACAAAACGCUCUUCCAUGGAACACCCACAACGCACUUGUGGACGCCUUGUUAUGCCUGGACUACAGAUGCUGACCCACAGAGGGACACUAGAGCUGCGUCUGAAGGGCCGGUUGACCCAGGCCCUCUUGAGUUUCUGGGAAUUUGGGCGCUUAAUCCUAGCACUCCCUUCCUGCUGCCAGGCUUCCCACAGGACAGAAAAUCUUCUGACAGAGACUGUUUCCAUUUAGUAGUUACUAUGGCUUUGUGUUAUUUGGUACAACCAUAGGUUUCAUGUUUGUCUAGAGAGACUCUGAUUUUAGAGAAAAGGGCAAGACAGGACAGACCAAACCAAUCAAGCAUCUGGAGGAUCUGAUGAUGCUGUAAUUGUACUUCCUGCAGGGCAAAGAUGUCACUUCCUCUCAAUAAGCACACGAGCUCUUGGCUUCCUGUUUGCAGCUGAAAGCAUGCAAGGAAGAGUUUUUUUUAAAGCACUCAAAUAGAAGAACAGUGAUGGAAACAAAAAAAACUGUAUGCAGUUUUAAAACGACGAGUGUAUGAAAGAAAAGAGCGGUGGGAGGAAUUUUUUUCAUGAACUUUUUCUAAAAGAAUGAGACUGGACUGUGAGAUGUAAGCAAUGGUUCAUCAUCCUAAAAAGGAGCUGUUACAACAGUCAACAUAAAGAGAAAAAAAACAACAUAAAAGUAUCUUUUUUUGUAAAUAUUUUGUGAAAUGGAAAAAUUACAGACGUGAUUUGGAGAAGGGUUCCAAAUAAACAAACAAAUUUAAA